UACGGGCGGAGACGGGCAGGUCUGUGGGCUGGAGGGGAGUGUCGCUGCUCGGUCGGUGAGCUGAAUCGUCACGGAUCGGGGCCAGGCUAAAGCUUUGAGUGACAGAAGAGGAUGAGCGCUUCUUUCUUCGGGCUGGUGUAUGUGUGAGAGCUGUGGGGCAGGGGCGGGGGGUUUGAGCCUAUUUCGCCGGGACAGGACAAGACCGCACGGGGCACGGGGUUGUUCUGAGACCAAGGGUUCCAAAUGUCUACAGUAUAAAACAGUCCUGUGACCUGGGUUUGAGUUCAUUUCACAGCUAUGCAGCAGGUGUUGGAUAACCUGAAGGAGCUGCCCCCCUCCACUGGAGCCAAAGACAUUGACCUGAUCUUCCUUCGAGGCAUCAUGGAGAGCCCCAUUGUCCGCUCUCUGGCCAAGGCUCACGAGCGAUUGGAGGAUGUGAAGCUGGAGGCAGUGCGGAAGGACAACGUGGAGCUGGUUGGUGAGAUCCUGUCGGACAUCAGUGGUCUGAGUGUCCAUAACGACAGUGCAGCAGAGCUGUCCAAGAUCCUCAAAGAGCCUCAUUUUCAGUCGUUAAUAGAGGCUCAUGAUAAGGUGGCUGCUAAAUCUUACGCACCUCAGUCUACGGCGAAUAACACUAACAUGAGCAGCGCUGCCCUCAUGCCAGCAGACACUGUGCGUAUGAUCAGCAUCCAGAAGAAGGCGGGAGAGCCACUGGGUGUGACAUUCCGAGUGGAAAAUGGUGACCUGGUCAUUGCCCGCAUUCUCCAUGGCAGCAUGAUUGACAGGCAGGGCAUGCUGCAUGCGGGAGAUGUCAUUCGGGAGAUGAACGGCCGAGAGGUGGGCGGAGACCCCAAAGCGCUGCAGCAGAUGCUGAAAGAUUCCAGCGGCAGCAUCACACUCAAAAUCUUUCCCAGCUACAGGGACACGCCCCCUCCUGCACAGGUGUAUUUGAGGCCACAUUUCAACUACAACCCUGACACUGAUAAUCUAAUCCCCUGCAAAGAGGCUGGACUGGCCUUCUCCAAAGGAGAAAUACUUCAUAUAGUGAACAGGGAGGACCCCAACUGGUGGCAGGCGUGUGGUGUAGUUGGAGGGAAGACUGGCCUCAUUCCAAGUCAGUAUUUGGAGGAGAAGAGGAAAGCAUUUGUAAGGAGAGAUCUGGAUGGUUCAGGAAUUCUCUGUGGAACAAUAGCUGGAAAAAGGAAGAAAAAGAAAAUGAUGUACCUCACAGCAAAAAACGCAGAAUUUGACCGGCAUGAGCUACAGAUCUACGAGGAGGUUGCUCGGAUGCCUCCGUUCCAGAGAAAGACUCUGGUUCUGAUAGGUGCUCAGGGUGUGGGGCGCAGAAGUCUGAAGAACAGGCUGAUCGUGCUGAACCCAUUACGCUUCGGCACAACUGUCCCCUUUACGUCUCGGCGUCCGCGUGAAGAGGAGAAGGAUGGCCAGUCUUACUGCUUUGUUUCCAGAACAGAGAUGGAGACUGAUGUUAAGGGCGGCCGCUACCUCGAGCAUGGAGAGUAUGAUGGGAACCUGUACGGCACCAAAAUAGAUUCUAUUCAUGAGGUGGUACGUGCGGGACGUACCUGCAUACUGGAUGUUAACCCACAGGCACUGAAGGUUCUGAGAACAUCAGAGUUCAUGCCAUUUGUGGUCUUCAUUGCUGCUCCAGAGCUGGACACACUAAGGGCCAUGCACAAAGCUGUGGUGGAUGCAGGAAUCACCACUAAACUACUCACGGAAACGGACUUAAAGAAAACAGUGGAUGAAAGUGCGAGGAUUAAACGGGCGUACAGCCAUUACUUUGACUUCACAAUAGUAAAUGAUAAUCUGGAUAAGGCCUUUGAGAAACUACAGGCUGCUGUGGAGCAGCUCUCCUCAGAGCCUCAAUGGGUCCCGGUUAACUGGGUUUACUGAACAGUGCAGAAAACCACAGGUUCCUCCAUCAUCACUGCCGUCAUCACCCGCAUCCUCAUCCUCGCUGGUGUCAUGGACCACGGCGGGACUGUCAGCGGCCGGGGUCGCUCCCCGCGGCCCUGGGGUCCAACCCUGCUAUGCAAUGCUACACCGACCGUGAGAAACUGAAGGGAAGUGUACUUAUUUAUUGACCUUUUUUAAUCUUUCUACCAGCAGAACAGAACACAUUGUAAGACAUAAUAUGAUAUAACUUCUGAUGUUACUGUGCAGAUUGUGUAUAUCCAGGGUGUUCUGAGUAGUUUUGUAUGUGUAUAUAAGGAGAAGCUGAAGCAGAGUCCGUUGUCGUUAUUUUUUGAGAACCUCAUUUUCAUUAAUCUCUUUGGUGGUAGUUUGCUGCGUUUUAGUAAAUCCUCACUGUUGUAUUAAAACCUCAUAACUCUU